UGAAGUGAACUGCCAGUCACUGCUAUGACUACAACACAAACACAACACAAGCACUGAUCACAUGUUUGUCUGUUUACCACUUAUGCCAUGAAUUGUCUCAUCUGUCGCUCGUAUGUCACCAGAUCUGCGGCCAAAUGUGUGGUCAAUAGGCUAACAAACCACUGCCAGAGGCGACUCGCCAUCACAUCCACUACAAGAACUAUGUGGACAUUGAACUCACGCGUGAAUCCCUUUCUCAGUGAUAGUAACCGCAAUCGGUGCUCAUAUCAGGUGUCCGUCAGAUGUCUGUCCAAAACGAAGGACAAGCCGAAGGAUAAGAAGAAGGGAUCCAAACCUAAAGUAGUCUUAAGCGAUGAGGAGAUGAGUGAAUUGAUACCAAUCUCUGAGCUGAAGAUUGAGUUGAAUUCAGUGACUGAUCGCUUCCGACAGGACUUGAUAGCCAAUGUCAGCGUCCGAAGUAAUCCGCAGUCCAUUGAACAUCUGGUGGUGGACAUGAAUGGCCAGAAGCACAGUCUCAACGAAUUGGCACAAAUCAACCGCAAGUCACCCCAAUUGGUGGUCAUAAACAUGGCGUCCACUCCGGAGGCCAUCAAACCGGUGCUGACGGCGCUCGCGGAGUCCGGUAUGAACCUCAGCCCCCAACAGGAGGGCACUGUGCUGUACGUACCGAUCCCGAAGGUGACCCGUGAGCACCGGGAGGGUCUGGCCACUAAUGCCCGGACAAUGUGCCAGAAGGCCAAGGAUGAGCUCAAAGCCAUUCACUCGUCGUUCGCGGCGUAUGUGAAGAGGCAGAAGAGGGCGCAGGUGUCCGAGGAGUUGAUCUUCAAUGUGAACCAGAAUCUGAAGCAUUUGAUCGAUGAUAGGCUCCAAGAAUGCGAUCACAUAUUGGAUCAGAAGCUCAAAGAGUUGUUGAACUGAUGGCUGAGUUGUGGGAUAAUGAGUGUGCGAAUGAUUGGCGCUGAAGUUGUGAUGAUUUUCGUGUCAAAUAUUAUAAAUUAAAAACCAAAUGAUGUAUG